GGAGAGAGAGAGAGAGAUAGAGCAUUGUUCUUUAUUUUCACCUAUUGGGUUUAUACUUGAAAAAGUUUUUGAGGAGAAACACGUCGAGAUGACGAUCACAAUUGAGGAACCUCAACUGGAAAUAGCAGUAGAGGAGAAGGGUGAGAACCCAUCUGACCCGAAGGAGUUGCUGUUGGAUGGCGGAUUCGUUGUGCCGGAUUCGAACGCUUUUGGCAAGACUUUUAGGAACUAUGAUGCUGAAUCUGAGAGGAAGAAGACCGUGGAAGAGUUCUAUCGUGUCAAUCACAUCAACCAAACCUAUGAUUUUGUCAAGAAGAUGAGGGAGGAGAAAUAUGGCAAGUUAAACAGGGUGGAAAUGAGCAUCUGGGAAAGCAUUGAACUGCUUAACGAGUUUGUCGACGAAAGUGAUCCUGAUCUUGACGAGCCGCAGAUUGAGCACCUGUUGCAAACUGCAGAAGCUAUUCGGAAGGACUAUCCCAAUGAGGAUUGGUUGCAUCUUACUGGACUAAUUCACGAUCUUGGGAAGGUUCUUUUGCACAAAAGCUUUGGGGAGCUUCCCCAGUGGGCUGUUGUGGGUGACACAUUCCCUGUUGGAUGUGGUUUUGAUGAGUGCAAUGUGCACCACAAGUACUUUAAAGAGAACCCUGACUACAACAAUCCUAAAUACAACACCAAAUUUGGAGUUUAUUCUGAAGGAUGUGGACUGGACAAUGUGUUAAUGUCCUGGGGACAUGAUGACUAUAUGUACUUGGUGGCUAAGGAGAACAAGACCACUCUCCCUUCAGCUGCACUGUUUAUCAUUCGAUACCAUUCAUUUUAUCCUCUUCACAAGCAUGGGGCCUAUGAGUACUUAAUGAAUGAGGAGGACAAGGAGAAUCUGAAGUGGCUCCACGUUUUUAACAAGUAUGAUUUAUACAGCAAGAGCAAAGUGAGGAUUGAUGUGGAGAAGGUGAAGCCAUACUACCUCUCACUUAUUGAGAAGUAUUUCCCUGCGAAGUUGAGAUGGUGAAUCUCUCCAAAAUCCAAAUGAUGAUUCAUUUGUUUGGCCAUUUUGGAGCAGUUGAUGGGAGGAAAUUGCUACCAUUAUCUAUCAUUUUCUUUAGUUAUGUCCAAAUUAUUACAUGAAUAAUAGUCAUGUAUGUAUGGAGGUGUCUUCCUCAUCUAUGUAAAGCCUACAUCUGAUGUGCAGAUGUUGCAAUUUGAAUUUAAUAUUAUUAUGAGCCAUUCUCCAAAA